AUGUCGAACUCUGAAACGUUUUCGACUGAUGUCAAGACUCAGGAGCAUGCUCCUCUAUAUUUUCCUCAGCGACAGCUGGGGUUACGAAACGUCUCAUACCAUUAUAAUGCAGAAACUUCUCGAUAUCAUUAUGGCCCUCAUCAUCCAAUGAAGCCAUUUAGGUUGAUGCUUACAGACCAUUUGGUUAUUCUGUAUAAGCUACAUGAAAGGAUGGAUUUAUAUGAACCUAGAAAAGCUACGCGAGACGAGCUUCUACAGUUCCAUUCAGAAGAUUAUGUGGAUUUCUUGCAGACCAUAACACCUGAACUCACAGCCAAACUUGGAGAGGAAAAGCUAGCGAAAUUUAAUAUUGGUGACGAUUGUCCAAUUUUUGAUGGUAUGUACGACUACCUGGGCAUGUACGCUGGUGCUUCUCUUGAUGCUCUGAGGAAGCUCAUCAGUGGAAUGAGUGAUAUAGCCAUUAACUGGUCGGGUGGUCUACAUCACGCUAAGAAGUUUGAACCCAGUGGAUUCUGUUACAUCAACGAUAUUGUUCUUGCUAUUCUCAAUUUACUUCGAGUUCAUCCGCGUGUCAUGUAUAUCGAUAUUGAUCUCCACCACGGUGAUGGUGUUCAAGAAGCUUUCAACACUACAGACAGAGUUAUGACUGUCUCUUUCCAUAAGUUUAACGGAGAGUUUUUCCCAGGUACAGGGUCUAUAGACGAGACAGGUAUUGGCAAGGGAAAGAACUAUUCCGUCAACGUUCCUUUAAAAGAUGGUAUAGACGACCAUUCCUACAUUCAUUUAUUUAAGCUGAUCAUGGAGCCUCUUAUCACAAAGUUCCAACCUACUGUUAUCGUGCAACAGUGUGGUGCCGAUUCGCUAGGCUACGAUAGAUUGGGAUGCUUCAAUCUUAAUAUUAGGGCACACGGACAAUGCGUUAAGUUCAUCAAGUCGUUCGGUAUCCCCAUGCUUGUCGUGGGAGGAGGUGGCUAUACACCAAGAAACGUUUCGCGUCUUUGGUGCUACGAAACUUCCGUGUUGAAUGAUGUACAGCUCGACUCAAAGAUUCCGCUGAAGAUUCCAACAUACGAUUGGUUCGGACCCGAUUUUUCACUUCAUCCACAACUUGAUGGCCGGCUAGAUAAUAAGAACUCAAAGAAGUAUCUUGAAUGUGUUAAAACCGACAUUUUGGAGCAGCUUCGAUUCCUCAACUAUGCUCCUUCCGUUCAGAUGCAAGAGAUACCACCGGAUAUUGGUGGUCUCACAGAGGAAGAGGAAGACAUCAUACGAGAACUCAAUGAAGAGAGGGAUGAUGAAGAGACAAGGAAUACGCGCGAUAUGAAGGAUGAGGCUCGGGCAGGGGAUUCAAAUGGCCAUGAGUUCGUGGCUAUCAAGACUAUUAAUCGAGUGGACCGAGCCAAAUUGAUCACCAAGACGUAUCUAAGUCACACAACCAAAAUCAAACGCGAGAUACAGAUUAUGAAGGAGUGUGAUCAUCCCAAUGUGGUUAAGUUAUACCAAGUGAUUGACGAUCUCAAGUACGACAAAAUCUUGCUCGUGCUUGAGUACUGUAAGUUUGGAGAAAUCGACUGGAAGAAGUAUAACCACUUCCAUGAGAAGUAUCUUAAGGAGGGGAGCAAGGGCAUCACGCUUAACAAGAUCGUGAGAGACGUGGUGAAUGGUCUUGAAUAUUUGCAUAGCUAUAAGCGCAUCAUCCACAGGGACCUCAAACCGUCUAAUCUUCUAAUAAGCCUGGAUAGGACAAUCAAGAUUUCAGAUUUUGGGGUUAGUUUGAUUUUAGAGAACAACACUAAUGAUGAUAAGGAACUAGGGAAAACGAUGGGUACACCAGCCUUCUACGCUCCUGAGUUAUGUCAGUUUGUCAACAAAAGGCUACUGAUGCUUAAUGAAGAUGAUAUGGCAAGGUCAAAAGUUGAUGCACGGAUUGAUAUUUGGUCCCUAGGCGUGGUAAUCUACUGUCUUUUCUUUCACCAACUACCGUUUGAGGGCCAUAAUGAGUUUGGGUUAUUCAAGACUAUCGUUAACGGACAACUCAAGUUUCCCAAGACUAGAGAAAGCUCCCACGUUAGAAUAGAUGACUUGAAGGAACUUGAAUUGCUCAAAGACCUAAUCAGACAGUUACUUUCGAAAGAUCCAAACUCGCGUCCUACACUUGCAGAAAUCAAGCAUCAUAAAUUCACAACUUUUGAAUUGACAAAGAAAGAAGCAGAUGAGUUCUACGCAUUUAAUAAGAAUAUCAUAACCGAACAGGACCCACAGGCUGCAGAAGCAUGGGAGGCAGAAAACCGCUUUUCGAACAAGAUCAAGCGCUUCUUCGGAGCAGGAAAGCCAGAACAAGAGAUGUCCCUCCCACCUUCAAGUCGCCCAAUACUGGUAGAGCACCAGCAGCUGCCAGUUAAGAAUAUCAAUAUUCUAGAUCUCGAAAAAGUUGAUGAUUUACUAGACUCGUAUUUGGACGAUUCAAGUUCAAUGGGUUCACUCUCCGAUGAAGAAGGCGCAUCAUCCUUGAUAGACACAACCAAUAUCCUUUCCUCGAUUAGUGUUGAUAAAGGUACUUCGUCUCUCUCGCCAGCAUUGCAAAAGUCAGGAUCGUCGCAUCUGAAUAUUCUGAGACUUUCACGAAGCUCCAUACCACCUCCAUUGAAACUCCUGUCAUCCACCUUUUCAAUUCACAAGGGAGGUUCUUCUUCGUCUUUCCCACAACCACCAGCGUCGCCGUUCAGUUCUGGACAGAAAACGCCUAACACAGCGGGGAGUAAUACAGUCACGAUCGGAGAAGGGUCACCGUCAUCAAUCAAGUCCAUAUUCAGUCCUAGCCGACGGUUUUUUGCCAAAAUCAAACCAACGAUCAACUCACUCUAUUCGCCUACACACGCGGACGCCGGCGGAACAUCAUCUUUUUCAGAUUUGGCACCGCCUCCGUCGUUUGGCCGUUCGGAUAGGAGAGGAUCUACAACAGAGCUGAUCAGCAGUACUCCUAGCAUUGGCGGAGGCGUGGGUUCAAGAAAGAAUUCGUUUAGCUCUACGAGAUCUGGCGCUCUUACUAAGCUUUCAAGCUCCAGUUCGCUGUUGAAUUUGCAUGGAUACCUAACGGAUGAAAGCACAACAUCAUUCGGCGGGAAAUGGCGAAAGGCUGUUGCCAAGGAGCUAGGUAGCGACGAGGAGGAGCAUGACAAGCACGAUGCACAUUCUUCAUACGAGGAAGAGAGUGACGAGGUGGGGGACGAAACACUUACGGUGCUGCCGAGGAAGGCAGGUACAAUGGACCAAUACCUUGACAGAUUAGAAAACUAA